GCGGGCGAGGCGAAGCAGUCUGCGCCUCGCCUGUCAGGCAGCCUGCCCAGCCCGGCCCAGCGCGAGAGGCACUCCUCCAUGCAGAGGUGCCGCUGGGGCCAUGCAGCAGGCGCCGCAGCCCUACGAGUUCUUCAGCGAAGAGAACAGCCCGAAAUGGCGCGGACUGCUGGUCUCGGCGCUGCGAAAGGUUCAAGAGCAAGUACAUCCCAAUCUCUCAGCUAAUGAAGAGUCACUCUAUUAUAUUGAAGAUUUGAUUUUUCAGUUGCUUAAUAAAUUAUGCAUGGCCCAACCAAGGACUGUUCAGGAUGUGGAGGAGCGAGUUCAAAAGACUUUUCCUCAUCCAAUUGAUAAAUGGGCUAUUGCUGAUGCACAAUCUGCCAUAGAGAAACGAAAACGAAGAAAUCCUCUAUUACUUCCUGUGGACAAAAUUCACCCCUCACUGAAGGAAGUUUUAGGAUACAAAGUGGAUUACCAUGUCUCUUUGUAUAUUGUGGCUGUACUAGAAUAUAUCUCAGCUGAUAUUUUGAAACUGGCUGGUAAUUAUGUUUUUAAUAUUCGACAUUAUGAGAUAUCUCAGCAAGACAUUAAAGUGUCAAUGUGUGCCGAUAAGGUUUUGAUGGACAUGUUUGAUCAAGAUGACAUAGGUGUGGUUUCUCUCUGUGAAGAUGAACCUAUUUCUUCAGGUGAAUUAAAUUAUUAUGACCUUGUCAGAAGUGAAAUUGCAGAAGAAAGACAAUAUUUACGGGAACUAAAUAUGAUCAUAAAAGUAUUCCGAGAAGCCUUCCUUUCUGACAAACAUCUAUUUAAACCUUCUGAUAUUGAAAAGAUUUUCAGUAACAUUUCAGAUAUCCAUGAACUGACUGUGAAACUUUUAGGCUUGAUUGAAGACACAGUUGAAAUGACUGAUGAAAGCAGUCCUCAUCCUUUAGCUGGAAGUUGUUUUGAAGAUCUGGCAGAAGAGCAAGCAUUUGAUCCAUAUGAAACACUGUCACAGGACAUACUUUCACCAGAAUUUAAUGAACAUUUCAGCAAGUUGAUGGCCAGACCUGGAGUUGCUGUACACUUCCAGUCUGUUGCCCAUGGGUUUAAUGAAGCAGUCCGUUAUGUCCUGCCACGCCUCAUGCUGGUGCCAGUGUACCAUUGUUGGCACUAUUUUGAUUUAUUAAAGCAAUUGAAAGCAUGUAGUGAAGAGCAAGAAGAUGGAGAAUGUUUGAAUCAAGCUAUUACUGCUCUCAUGAACCUCCAAGGUAGCUUGGACCGAAUUUACAAGCAGUAUUCACCCAGACGUCGACCUGGGGAUCCUAUUUGCCCAUUUUAUAAUCGUCAAUUAAGAAGCAAACACUUGGCUAUCAAAAAAAUGAAUGAAAUUCAGAAAAACAUAGAUGGAUGGGAAGGCAAAGAUAUUGGACAGUGCUGUAAUGAAUUCAUUAUGGAAGGUCCAUUGACAAGAAUUGGUGCUAAACAUGAACGUCAUAUUUUUCUCUUUGAUGGCUUAAUGAUCAGCUGCAAACCUAAUCAUAGCCAGACCAGGCUUCCAGGGUACAGUAAUGCAGAAUACAGAUUAAAAGAAAAAUUUGUCAUAAGGAAGAUACAAAUCUGUGAUAAAGAAGAUACUUACGAAUGGAAACAUGCUUUUGAAUUAAUAUCCAAAGAUGAAAAUAGCAUAAUAUUUGCUGCUAAGUCUGCUGAAGAGAAAAAUAACUGGAUGGCUGCUCUUAUUUCUCUUCAGUAUCGUAGUACUCUAGAUCGAAUGCUAGAUUCUGUUUUAUUGAAAGAAGAAAAUGAGCAACCACUGAGAUUACCCAGUCCAGAAGUAUAUCGUUUUGUGGUAAAAGACUCUGAGGAAAAUAUUGUUUUUGAAGACAACUUGCAGAGCAGAAGUGGAAUCCCCAUUAUUAAAGGGGGAACUGUGGUGAAAUUAAUUGAAAGGCUAACAUAUCAUAUGUAUGCAGAUCCCAAUUUUGUUCGUACUUUUCUUACUACUUAUCGUUCAUUUUGUAAACCACAGGAAUUGCUUAGCUUACUGAUUGAACGAUUUGAAAUUCCAGAGCCAGAACCUACUGAAGCAGACAAAUUGGCAAUAGAAAAAGGCGAGCAGCCAAUCAGUGCAGACCUUAAAAGGUUUCGCAAGGAAUAUGUCCAACCAGUACAACUUAGGGUCUUAAAUGUGUUUCGACAUUGGGUUGAACACCAUUUUUAUGACUUUGAAAGAGAUUUGGAGUUGCUUGAAAGACUAGAAUUUUUCAUUUCAAGUGUGAGAGGGAAAGCUAUGAAGAAAUGGGUAGAGUCAAUUGCUAAGAUCAUCAGGAGAAAGAAACAAACUCAGGCAAAUGGAAUAAGCCAUAAUAUUACCUUUGAAAGCCCACCUCCACCAAUUGAAUGGCAUAUCAGCAGACCAGGACAGUUUGAAACAUUUGAUCUUAUGACACUUCAUCCAAUAGAAAUUGCACGUCAGCUAACACUUUUGGAAUCUGAUCUGUACAGGAAAGUCCAACCUUCUGAACUUGUGGGAAGUGUAUGGACCAAAGAAGAUAAAGAAAUAAAUUCUCCAAAUUUAUUAAAAAUGAUACGUCAUACCACAAAUCUUACUCUGUGGUUUGAAAAGUGCAUUGUGGAAGCGGAAAAUUUUGAAGAACGAGUUGCUGUACUAAGUAGAAUCAUAGAAAUUCUACAAGUUUUUCAAGAUUUAAAUAAUUUCAAUGGAGUAUUGGAGAUAGUCAGUGCUGUAAACUCCGUGUCAGUAUACAGACUGGAUCAUACAUUUGAGGCAUUGCAGGAAAGAAAGAAGAAAAUUUUGGAUGAAGCUGUGGAAUUAAGUCAAGAUCACUUUAAAAAAUACUUAGUAAAACUUAAGUCAAUUAAUCCACCUUGUGUGCCUUUUUUUGGAAUAUACUUAACAAAUAUUCUGAAGACUGAAGAAGGGAAUAAUGACUUUUUGAAAAAGAAAGGGAAAGAUUUAAUCAAUUUCAGUAAGAGGAGGAAAGUGGCUGAAAUUACUGGAGAAAUUCAGCAGUAUCAGAAUCAACCUUACUGUUUACGGAUAGAGCCAGAAAUAAGGAGGUUUUUUGAAAAUCUUAACCCUAUGGGAAAUGAAUCUGAAAAAGAGUUUACAGAUUAUUUGUUCAACAAGUCAUUAGAAAUUGAGCCCCGAAACUGCAAACAGCCACCUCGAUUUCCUAGGAAAUCAACUUUCUCCUUAAAAUCUCCUGGAAUAAGGCCAAAUGCAGGCCGCCAUGGCUCUACCUCAGGUACUUUACGAGGCCAUCCAACGCCAUUAGAAAGAGAACCAUGUAAAAUAAGCUUUAGUCGCAUUGCUGAAACUGAGAUUGAAUCGACAAUGUCAGCACCAACCUCUCCAAACACACCAUCUACUCCACCAGUGUCUGCUUCCUCAGACCUCAGUGUGUUUUUAGAUGUGGAUCUCAACAGUUCCUAUGGCGGCCAUAGUAUCUUUGCUCCAGUCCUUUUGCCACAUUCAAAAUCUUUCUUCAGUUCAUGUGGUAGUUUACAUAAACUAAGCGAAGAGCCACUGAUUCCGCCGCCUUUGCCUCCUCGAAAAAAGUUUGACCAUGAUGCUUCAAAUCUCAAGGGAAAUGCGAAAUCUGAUGACGAUCCCCCUGCUAUUCCACCAAGACAACCUCCAAAGGUGAAACCCAGAGUUCCCGCUCCUUUUGGUGCAUUUAACGGGCCUUUGAAUAGUCCACCUCCACCGCCGCCAAGAGACCCUCUUCCCGAGACCCCUCCACCCGUUCCUCUCCGGCCCCCGGAACACUUCAUAAACUGCCCGUUUAAUCUUCAGCCGCCUCCAACAGGACAUCUCCAUAGAGAUCCAGACUGGUUCAGAGACGUUAGGACAUGUCCAAAUUCGCCAAACACUCCUCCUAGUACCCCCUCUCCACGGGUGCCACGGCGAUGCUACGUGCUCAGCUCUAGUCACAACAGUCUCGUUCAUCCUCUGGCUCCCCCUGUUCCACCCAGGCAGAAUUCAAGCCAUCACCUGCCAAAACUGCCACCAAAGACUUACAAACGGGAACUUUCGCACCCCCCAUCGUACAGACUGCCUUUGCUCAAAAAUGCAGAGACUCCUCAAUGACCUUAGCCAUUUGUAGUCAUUGACACUGGAAUAGUAUUUGUAAAGUUCUCUUUUUUAUUUAUUCAAAAAAAGGCAUAAUAUUUUAGUACUUUUUACAAAUAAUGCUCUUUAAAAAACCUGCUACUGAUCAAAUAAGCUUUUGAAAAUUGGAAAACUUAAAAAUCCAAAAGUUCUUCAUCAUUAUCCUCAGGUGAUCAGUAUCAUUGCCUUGUCUUAGAUCUCAGUGCUGCCAAAAGGCCAGUAUAAAGAAUUUAUAUUUGCACUGUAGACUCUGUUAAACUACAGUUUAACGUGGCAUUGAUUGCACUGAAACGGACUAGUGCAUUUGUGGAUUUUUCAAAUUUAGAGACCUUUUUAAGGCAAUGAAUUUACACAGAUAAAGGGGGUGUGUCGUUUUCCGACUUUUUAAACCUCUUUGACCAUCUUCUAGUUUUUCAAAUGUCUCGGAGAAUUGUGAAUAACACCCACUGUUCUUAAACUCUUCAAUGCCAUGUCUUAAAUGCCAGUAUUUGCUGCUGAAGACAAAGAUGGAAAAUAGAAUGAAAACAGUAGAGUGCACUGUGUUUCGUAUUUUGUCAAAAUGUAAACAAAGACUACCUAACUCAAUUAUUGAAUGGAAAAAAGGGCCCAUUAUUUAGCAUGUAUCUCAUUCAGAUGUGCCUUUUGUUUUUGCAGACUUAGGUGUCUUUAGCUAAUGAGUUGCCUAUUGUUUUGGAAAAACAAAAUCAAAAUACCAUGUAUGUACAGUUUUGUUUAUAUUGUAUAUUUAAAGAUAAUGCUAAUAACCUAUAUAAAUUUAAGUGACUUGAGGCUUAUAAUACAAUCUGCUACUAUAUUCAUAAAUUCAGAGGGAACGUUUCUUAUGGCAGAGGAACAAACUCUGCCUUGCCUUUAAAAACCUAGUUCAACUUUCUUUAUAAAUCUUGUGUUAAAUGAAAUUUUAAAAAUCUAUUUUUUCUAGACUGGCAAUAUUUCAACCAGCGAAUACCCAAAACUUUGUUAAACUUUUUAAAUCUGAGAAGUGAGUGUAACUUUUAUUUGCCAUUGGACAUCUGCCUUCAAAGCAAGGAAAGCAUGUUUUGAUAAAAGUGCCGUAGCAGCUGUUGUAAAGUAGCCAAAAGCCACGUUGUUUUAUUUACUGGUCUGUGGCCUUUUACUGUGCUUUGUAUCAGAGUUCUUAACAAGAUUAAUAAAUCACUCCAGUCUUAAUUUUUAAAAGA